AUGGUUUCAGCUUCAUCUGAAGCCAAAGGCAUAUCUGCCAUUUAUGUUCAUGCCGGUGCAGGGUUUCAUAGCCACCAAAGUGAGGAAAUACAUCUAUGGGUUUGCAAUCAGGCGGCUAUCCUUGCUAUGGCCGUUUUAAAAUCCGGAGGCAGCGCUGUGGACGCCGUUGAAGUUGCGGUCAAGUUUCUCGAAGACCACGAGAUUACAAACGCUGGCUAUGGUAGCAACCUUACAAUCAACGGCACAGUCGAAUGCGACGCGACUAUUGUGGAUCACCUUGGUCGUAGCGGAGCAGUCGGAGCAGUUGAGCACGUCAAAAAUCCAAUUACUCUCGCUCGUGUCAUCCUAGACGCAUCCACCAAGCCCUUGGCCUUCAAUCGUGUGCCUCCAAACCUUAUUGCAGGAGCUGGCGCGAUUGAAUUUGCCUACGAGCAGGGAAUAUCAGUCCUUCCCGCAAACUCGCUUGUUUCCAGGGGUGCUCGAGAACGCUGGUUUCGUUGGAACCACGAAUUACAACAACUGGAGCUACAACGCCAGGCGAAAGUGUGGGAUCCUGCCUGCCGUUCUCCUCGUAAAUUAAGUACAGCCAGAGCUUCCCAAGCAUGCGUAGGCUCUAGCCCCAGUUCAUCGCAUCGCUCGAGGCGCAGCGCCAAUUCGCCAAGCAACGUAGGACGUAUGGAUCUUGAAUCGAGCCCCGAUGGCUCAGUUCGAGAAAAUCUUGUCUGCGAGAUGGAUGUGGACACUGAUGCGGCUAUUAGCACCAUAGUUGAUCGUAAUUUGCCGGACGAUGGCGCUUCAGAGCCCGAUGCAAAUGCGGAAAGCGACCCAGACUAUGUUGACAACGUCGUUCAUUGGGAACCUGUCCCGUCAACAUCCGAUACACCAGCCAACGAGCUCCCAGGGGAAUGUUCAGGCGAUAUCCGUGCCGCCUAUCCACCUCCAAUCGGUCUACCACCACCAUCCUCUGCAACGGAAGCCGGUACCGCCCCGUUGCAGGUUGAAAGCUCGGGGAGGUUCAAGCGGCUGAAUGCACAAUUGCUUGUAGGUAGGGAUGAUGAUAUCAGUGACACAGUUGGUGCUAUCGCGAUAGACUGCUACGGGAAUAUCGCUGCUGGUUCAUCCUCAGGGGGUAUUGGCAUGAAACAUUGCGGACGAACAGGACCGGCUGCGUUGGUCGGGGUUGGCACAGCUGUCGUUCCAGUAGAGCCAAAGGAUGAAUCGGCAACCUCGGCCGCGGCGGUGACAAGCGGGACCGGCGAGCACAUGGCUACUACAAUGGCCGCGGGCUUGUGUGCAGAGCGGAUAUAUAGCAGUAUUCGAAAAGUCCCAGGCAAGCCGGGAACUUUCGAGGAAGUCACUGAAGAUGAAGCUUUGAAGGCCGUGAUCGAGAAUGAGUUCAUGGGUCAUCCCGGUGUCAAAGCGAGCCAUUGCCAUGCUGCGAUAGGAAUCAUGGCUGUCAAAAGGACAACCGAAGGGAUAGCUUUCUUUUUUGGGCAUAACACGGACUCCUUUGCCAUUGCCUCAAUGACUUCAGAUGAUCCCGAGCCGUGCUGCCUUAUGUCCCGAAACAAAGGUUACAGCAAAGUGGCACAAGGAGGACGAUAUACUAGGUUGAACAGGUAA